CUGCGCAAACAUUGAAUUAAAAUCGGCGCAUUUGCCGGGCUGAUAACUGAGAAACUGGGGGAGCCGCAGCAAAGCGCGGCAAGACCCGACAACAAAAAGGUGCAGGUACUGAUCAGCGAGAGCAAUCAUCCCGAAGCGGAAAGAGCAAUAACUCCCACCGGCCGCUUGCCUUUUUUUCUUGUAUUUCUUAUUUUUUUAAAAACUGUUAAAAAUUGAAUGUAUGCGACAGACGUUUACUCUAAUAUUGCACAAUAAGUCGGUGCCCUGCGCACAUUUGCAGAUCGCAACGUGAGCCGGCAGCUCGUCUCAGGCUUCCUCACCUCCGGGUAUUUAGAGCUGUGCAACAGAAAUAAUCGUUUUUAAAACGGUGAUGCAUCGCAGGCAUCCACAAGAAGAGAAGCCGACAACCGCGCUAAAUUAUUAAUACCCGGUACCCUAUUUGAUAAAACAAUACCUCCCGACCAACUACGUAUUGCAUUACUCUCUGGCAUCGACCACCGACAUGCAAACGCUUUUCCUUUCCUGCAGCGUCAUAGCGGGAUCAAUAGUGCUGCUGGUGUCAUGUGACGCCGUGAGUCAGGACCCACCUUCGUCCCCCACCUUGACCGGACCACCUAGGCCUGCCCGGACCUCGGAGCGCAUCGCUCGGCCGGAGGUCAUGCCCUCGAGUCCAGAGACCCCCCAGUCCGUGGGGCUCACUGGCGGAUCCCAGGAGUCAGGCUUCUCCAGCGAAGAGAACGAGGAUGCCAAGGGGUUACCACCCGUGUACUGGGAUGAGGGAGGAGAGGUCAAUGGCACCAGUAUGGACACCGGGACCUUGGAAGGAUUCAGUCCGGCCUCCUUCCAGCCCUCACCCUCCCAAGCUGAGGCACCGACCGAGCAGAACUCCUCGUCCUCCUUGCUGCCCUUGGUGGAGUCGCUGGACUCGGAUCUGUGGGAGAUUCAGGGGGAGUCCAGCGGUAGCCCAGCGGGCCCCGCUUACGGCACGCCCGCCGUGGGGGCGGGGUCUCCCGCUCAGACCACCACAGAUCCCGAUGUCGGCCUCAUGCGCCACUGGGGCCGAGCUUCAGGCCGGACCACGCCUCUUCCCAGUACAACGUCACAGGAAGAGGAGGGGCUUAGCCAGACGGGCGCCGAUGACUCCACUGCAUGGGCUAACUCUGUGCGGCCUGGUCACCCGUUGACCAAUAAGAAUAGGGCACGGGGCACAGCUCCAGCUGGCAGCAAGGAGGGUGCGGCUGACCACAUGCACCAGUCCCACCUGACCGCCGUCCCCCCAUCCUCGGCCUUCCACUCCCCUUCCGUUGCAUUUUCCGGCAUCGCGUGGGACGAGGUGGCCCCCACCUUCCAGGAGGAUCAGGAACCAGAGCUUAGGCAUGGGGGAACCGAGCUCCUCUCCGAAUCGAAACUGCACAACACACACCUCUCCCCGGAGUCCCUGCAGGUGAUCUGUGUCGACUGGAGUGAUCUCACCGGGAAGGGCUACGUCAUUUUGAAUAUGUCAGAUAACUAUGAUUGUGUAAGUCUUACGGAGUUUCUCAUUUACAGUUGUUCAGUUUUUUAUUUUUUUCCUUUAAAAGAAACAUGAUUUACACACACACAGAUACUAACUGUUAAAGUUAAUAAUAAAGUUGGAGGCCUCAGGAAAUCGUCAUGGGUCAGUGUAUUACCACAGGUCUUACGAGUCCUAAAUUUGAGUCCUAGUACUUUGUACAAAAUUUUUAUGUAUACUUUUAUAUUGUUAUAAUUAUGUACAUUUUCAUUAUAUUUUUUAUAUGUUAAUUAUGUUUUAUAGUCGUUAAAAUCCAUUAAAUAAUGUAUCAUUUUAAAACAUGGAAGGAAUUUUAUACACAUCUCUAUACAUAUCUUAGUUAAGUUAGGAUUAUCUAUAAAAAUAUUUAUACUGUGUAGUACCAUGGGGUAGUGUACGUAGUAUGCUGUUCCUUCCAGUAUUAUUUUCGAUAGUGAUUUUUACAUUAUCUAGAUUAAAUAAAUGCCCGCCAUGGUCACAGAAACAGGCAUUGCUGGAGUUGGUGGCCCCCUCAGGCCUCGUCUUCAGUGCGGGAUGGGAUGCCUUUUUCUGCUCUUAUCCCAUUAUGCCCCCGCUGGAGCUCGACGUGACUCCGGAUGUCGCCCGUCACUUUAAAUGAUGAAGUUCACCUUGAUCUGCACGCCCCUCCUCUUCCUCUAAUCGCUGGUGCAGACUGACAGUCUUAAGGCCAGGGGAAGGAGCCUCUAAGACCGCCUUUAAUCACAGCGAGCCAAGCCGGGCCUCUGCAGCAGCUGUGCCCCCCCCCAUCGCCCCACCUUUUCUAUUGCUGCCCAUGAGCUCUACUCCACAUUCUCACGUCGCCAUGGAAACAGUGGAUGCUAUUUAUUCUAAUCAACCUGCCCUUUUCGGUUGUCUUAAUAAUAGCUACAGAUUAAUCUUAAGGUAUUCCGCGGUGAUGGUGGACCAUUCAUUAUAAAAGAGGCGUGCAUUGCAUUAAUCACCCAAGCUCACAAUUGAGGUAAUUAUUAGCAUCAAUUAGAAAAGAUGGUUUGAAUAAUCCAGCACUCAUUUUGGCCUUUCCUUCUUUAGACUAAGGCUGGCCAUUUCUUAUUUCCUCUCCUCUUGCUCGCUUCUUGUUCCGUACCUCAGUUUCUUUUGUUAGCGGCUGCCUGUAUUUUUUCUCCCCACCAGCUGACACUACGAGGCCUAUGGGCGUGGUGGAGCCACCAUAUCUCAUUUCUAUUUUGGGGGACGGAGAUCAGGGCUAUUUGGUUGCAGCUGGACCUCCAGAAUGGGAGUCUGGAAACAAACAGCAGGGAUGUGCACGCGUCCGGGGGGAUGUGCACGCGUCCGGGGGAUGUGCACGCGUC